AUGCAAAGGUAUAAUAAUAACGGUGUAGCAGCAGCAUCAGGAGUACAUUCAGCAUGUGCAGCAUGCAAGCAUCAAAGGAAAAAGUGCGAUGAAAAUUGCAUUUUGGCACCUUAUUUUCCAGCAGAUAAGUGUCGAGAAUUUCAAGCAGUGCACAAAGUUUUUGGUGUUAGCAAUGCAACAAAAAUAGUGCGCAAUGCCAACAGCGAAGAAGAUCGAAAGAAGGUUGCUGAUUCGUUGAUUUGGGAGGCAUUUUGCUGGCAAAAGGAUUCAGUGUUAGGGCCUUAUGGAGAGUAUAAGAAAAUUUACGAAGAGUUCACCUUGUACAAAAGGCAAAACCAAAUGAUGCUCCUGCAAGAUCAUAAUGAGCCUCAGGUUUUGAAAAUGGCAACUGCCCAUGCCCAUGCUCAUGCCCAUGCUUCUAUUACACCUACAUGGAAUAUUAACAGUAAUGCUAAGAGACUAGUAGAUGAUGUUAAAGGAUCGAUUGGCAAUGCUGCAUUGCGGUGCUAUAAUCAGCAGGAUGCCCAUGGAAAUUCUCUUGUUGGUUUCAGUGGAUCAUAUGGAUAUCCUAUUCCUUCUCACUCUGAGAAACUAGCAGUGCAAGAAAAAGGCAUCCACAAUCCACUGCAAUAUUACACUACGUCUGGUCUUAUCCAUGGCAAGACAUUGGAAAGUGCAAGAUGGGAUAACGUACUAUAG